AGGAAGAGGAGGAGAAGAAGAAGAGAGAGUUUGGAUCAACUUCUGUGGAAACUUUUCUGGCGUUCAACUCAACAUUGAGCCGCGCGAGAGGACGCCGCGGACCCCACAUCGUGCGCGCGGCAGGCUACACCAUAGCAACUCAGACAGGAUAAAAUGAAGUUGCUUCUGCUCGUACUUACGACCGCGUUGCUAUGGCAACACUGCCAAGCCCAGCAGAGAGGUCUGUUUCCAGCUGUGUUGAAUCUAGCAACUAUGGCUGAUAUAACAACCAAUGCUACCUGUGGUUCAACGGGUCCAGAAAUGUUCUGCAAGCUUGUGGAGCACGUUCCGGGACAGCCUGUUAGAAAUGCACAGUGUCGAAUCUGCAACCAAAGGAGUGCAAAUCCCACGGAACAUCAUCCCAUAGAAUAUGCCAUAGAUGGAACCAAUCAUUGGUGGCAGAGUCCGUCGAUAAAGAAUGGAAUGGAGUACCACUAUGUGACAAUCACACUGGACUUGAAACAGGUUUUUCAGAUCGCCUAUGUGAUAAUAAAGGCAGCCAACUCACCUCGCCCAGGCAAUUGGAUCUUAGAGCGUUCAAUAGAUGGCAUGACCUUUGAACCCUGGCAGUACUAUGCUAUCACAGACACAGAGUGCCUGACAAGGUUCAACAUAUAUCCACGGACAGGACCUCCAUCCUACACCAGAGAUGAUGAAGUCAUCUGCACGUCCUUUUACUCAAAGAUUCACCCACUGGAGAAUGGAGAGAUACACACCUCUCUGAUCAACGGUAGACCCAGUGCAGAUGACCCCUCGCCAACUCUCCUGAACUUCACGUCCGCCCGCUACAUCAGGUUGGUGUUUCAGAGAAUCAGAACGCUGAACGCCGACCUCAUGACUCUGACACUCCAUGACCCCAAAGAUAUGGAUCCUAUUGUGACGAGACGGUACUACUAUACCAUUAAGGACAUCUCAGUUGGAGGGAUGUGCAUCUGUUUUGGCCAUGCAAAAGCUUGUCCACUCGACAGUGUUACAAAGAAGUUUAGCUGUGAAUGUGAACACAACACUUGUGGGGAGAGCUGUGAUCGCUGUUGCCCAGGUUACCACCAGCAGCCUUGGAUGGCAGGAACCUUCCUCACUCGACAUGUCUGCGAGAAGUGUAACUGCCACGGUAAGGCAGAAGAAUGCUACUUUAAUCAAACAGUGGCAGAUCUGUCGCUCAGCCUGGACAUUCACGGUCAGUACAGAGGGGGCGGAGUCUGCAUAGGCUGCCGUGACGACACGGCUGGCAUUAACUGUCAGAGCUGCGUUCCUGGGUUCUACAGACCUGCUGACGUGAGCGCUGAGGAGGAGAGCCCCUGCAUCCCCUGCUCCUGCGACCCUUACGGUUCCAUCAGCCAAACGUGUGUCGCAGAUUCGAGCCAAGCUACGCCCCGCCAGCCAGCAGGGUCAUGCUGGUGUAAGGAGGGUUUUGGGGGUCUGAGAUGUGACAGGUGUGCUAUUGGGUAUAUGGGCUACCCAUACUGUGAGCGCUGUAACUGCAGCGUGGAAGGAAGCGUCAACGCUGACCCAUGUAUAACACCCUGUAUAUGCAAGGAAAAUGUGGAGGGGGAAAACUGUGACCGCUGUAAGCUCGGAUUCUACAAUCUUCAAGAGUCCAACCGACGCGGCUGUGAAAAGUGCUCCUGCAUGGGCGUUUCCAGUCAGUGCACUGCCUCCACGUGGACCUAUCAGAAUGAGACCACUCUGACAGGCUGGCACCUGGUUGGCAACACAGGAGGGAGGGUGUGGUCCGUUCACAGAGAGACCCCUCCAUAUCUCAGCGUGCGACACUUAGAUGUUGUGGACGAUCUUGGCACCGCCUACUAUUGGAAUGCACCUGGACUAUACUUAGGAAACAAGCUUUCAGCCUACGGUGGGAAUGUAAUCUUCACCGUGUCUUAUACUGUAGACCAGCAAGAAGAAGAGAGCAUCAGAGUCACAUCAGAGCCUGACUUAAUCAUAGAGGGAGGAGGGAUGAAGAUUAAUUACAAAAGGUUUGGCAAGCCUGUCUACCCAUCCUCACCCAGCACCAGUCACAUAGUUCUCCUGCCGGAGAACUUCCAGGUUUCAGAGACGGCACAGCCAGUUAGUCGGCGAGAUUUCUUGUCUGUGCUGGCAAAAGUGACGAGUGUGAUGGUGCGGGCCUCUUACAGCACAGAACGCAGCGCUGUUUACAGACUCCACUCAUUUUCUAUGGAGGUAGCAAAUCCCACUGCCAGAGGAGAGAGGAGAGCAUCAGCUGUAGAAGUGUGCUCUUGCCCUUAUGGAUAUGCUGGAACUUCCUGUGAGGCGUGUGAGCUUGGUUUUCGGAGGGUAAACGGGAAUCUCUAUAACGGGGUGUGUGAACCUUGUCACUGCCAUGGACACACAACACAAUGCCAUGAAGUCACGGGGCAUUGCUUGGACUGCUCCCACAACACCGCUGGCCCCUACUGUGACACCUGCCUGCCAGGUUACUAUGGCAACGCCACCCGUGGGUCACCUGCAGACUGUCAACCCUGUGCCUGCCCGCUCAAUAUUCCCAGCAACAACUUCAGUCCAACCUGCCACUUGAGUCAAGACGGAGAGCUGCUGUGUGAUCAGUGUCGGCCUGGCUACACAGGACCACGAUGCGACAGAUGUUCCAAUGGAUACUACGGUCAGCCCACUGUACCAGGGGGAUCCUGCAGGCUGUGUGAUUGCAAUGGCAACCUGGACCUUUCCAUACCUGGGAGCUGCGAUCCAAAUACAGGCCGGUGCCUGCGGUGUCGCCAGGGUUAUGGUGGCGAAGCUUGUGACAGCUGUGCUGUAGGUUAUUAUGGAGACGCCAUCAUAGCGAAAAACUGCCAAUCGUGCCAGUGCCAUACUAAUGGGUCUGUUUCUGAGGUCUGCAACCAGGAGACUGGAGAGUGCCGCUGUAAAGAAAAUGUGCUUGGACAGAAGUGUGACAAGUGCAGGGCUGGGACUCAUGGCCUUACCACAGGUGGAACCUGCAUCCCAUGUCACUGCAAUUCAUAUGGUUCCAAGUCAUUCGACUGUGAUGAAAACGGUCAGUGUCGGUGUCAGCCUGGCGUCACCGGACCCAAAUGUGACCGGUGCUCGCGAGGAUAUUUCAACUUUCAGGAGGGAGGGUGCACGCCCUGUCAAUGCAGUCAUGUGGGGAACAACUGUGAUGCUAACACUGGACAGUGCAUCUGUCCUCCGAACACAAUCGGUGAGAGGUGCGAUCGCUGUGCUCCCAACCACUGGGGGCAUGACAUCGUAACUGGAUGCAAGGAGUGUGGCUGCAAUGUGAUCGGUUCAGUGACCCAGCAGUGCAACGUAAACACAGGCUGCUGCAUCUGUCACGACUCCUUCAGAGGAGAUAAAUGCAAUGAAUGCCAGAUUGGAUACAGAGACUUUCCUCAGUGCAUCCAGUGCAAGUGCAACAUUGCAGGAUCGGACAGCCAGACUUGCGACCAGGAGAGAGGAGCCUGUGGCUGUGCAGAUCGAACAGGAAAAUGUAGCUGCAAGGAAAAUGUGGAGGGAGACUACUGCGAUCGCUGUAAGCCCGACACGUUUGGGUUAUCCCUACGAAACCCGCUGGGCUGCAGCAGGUGUUACUGUUACGGAUUGACCCACUUCUGCACAGAGGCGCAAGGACUGAUCAGGAUGUGGUUAACACUGAAGCCGGAGCAGACGGUGCUCCCCUUGGUGGAUAAAUCCAACGCCGUGGAGACGAGAACAGGAGUUAGCUUCCAACAUCCUGAGAUCAUCGUUCAUGCAGAACUUAUCACCUCAACUCUGUCUGAACCCUACUACUGGAAACUGCCUGAGCAGUUCAAAGGCUCUAUGAUCACAGCAUAUGGGGGGCAGCUGAAAUAUGCUGUGUACUAUGAGGCCAGAGAAGAAACUGGUCCUUCCUCCUAUGAGCCUCAGGUCAUUAUUAAAGGUGGUCCUAACCACAACAUGGUGAUGACACGCCACAUAACAGGACUCCAGAUUGGUCAGCUCACCCGCCAUGAGAUUGACAUGACAGAGCAUGAGUGGAAAUUUGCAGAUGGUCGGACUAUGACUCGAGAGGACUUCAUGGACAUUUUGUUCUAUGUGGACUACAUCCUAAUUAAGGCAUCACACGGCAACUUGAUGAGACAAAGCCGUAUUUCAGAGAUCAGUCUGACAGUGGCCGAGGAGGGCAUACCAACCAAAGAAAGCGAGAAAGCCCACCAGAUAGAGAAGUGUGAUUGUCCAAUUGGAUACUCUGGACUUUCCUGUGAGGAGUGUGCUGCAGGAUUCUACCGUCUUCGCAGCGGUUUCCUGGCAUCUGCUCCAGCGUCCAGAGUGCCCACGGCUACAGGCAUGGCCAGCUGUGUUCAGUGUCAGUGCAGUGGGCACUCCUCCUCUUGUGACCCUGAGACAUCCAUAUGCCAGAACUGUCAAGACAACACAGAGGGUGAUCGGUGUGAACGCUGUGCACCGGGAUUCUAUGGCGUGGUCCGAGGUUCUCCUGAUGACUGUAAACCCUGCGCCUGCCCCCUUACCAACCCACAGAAUAAUUUCAGUCCCACCUGUGUAGCAGAGGGGUUUGAUGACUACCGCUGCACCGCCUGUCCUGAAGGAUAUGAGGGCAAACACUGUGAGAGGUGUGCCACCGGUUACCAUGGUAACCCAAGGAUACCAGGCAGCCACUGUGAGGAGUGUAAGUGUUCCUUGUGGGGUGCGUUGCCCGGACCAUGUGACCCUGUCACGGGCCAAUGCCGUUGCAGGGUUGGGGCAUCUGGGAUGACGUGUGACCAGUGCAUGGAUAGGCAUGUGUGUGGACCAUCUGGGAUCAUCUCCUGCGAUGAUGAGUGCUCUGGUUUGUUGAUCAGCGAUAUGGACCGCCUGCUACGCAUCAUCAAUGAGGUCACUUUGACGACACCCCUUCCACCACCUUAUAAGGUGUUGUACCGAUUUGAGAACAUGACAGAGGAGCUCAAGCACAUGUUGUCGCGUCAGAAAGCUCCAGAGAGAUUACUGCAACUGGCUGACUCCAACCUGGGAUCACUGGUUACGGAGAUGGACCAGCUACACAGCAGGGCCACUAAGGUGUCUGCUGAUGGAGAGCAGGUUGAGGAUGAUGCUGACAGGAUUCAUAAACGAGCCGAGGACCUGGAGCAGUUCAUCAGGGACACACUGCUCGGAGCUAAAGACCUCGAAUCAAAGGCUGCUGAGUUGAAUCAGUCUCUUUCACGGAGAGGUGGGACUCCAGAAAAAAGCCUGAGCGAGAUGAAGGAGGAGAUCCAGGCUAUGCUGCAUGAGAUGAGGCAACGACAGCUGGGAGGGAAGAAAGUUAUUGCAGAGGAGGAAAACAAUUUAGCAGAAGAGUUGUAUCAGAAAGUCCAAAGACUCUUUGGUAAACCGCAUCAGGCCACUGAAGACCUCAAGGCAGAGAUAAAAGAGAAGCUUUCGGACCAUGAGGAGAAGCUCAGGGAUGCCCAUGGGCUGCUCAUCUUUGCCCAGGGACAGACAAGUCUGGCUGGCUCACUGGCUUACCAAAACCAAGCUAACCUCACAGCCCUGGAGAGGAAGCGAUCUGCAGUCAGCGGAGUGAAACAGGAAGGACAGAAGGUUCUUAGAGAAGGAGAACGUCUACUGGGUGAAGCGAACCAGCUUUCUAACAACGUCAACAAUGAGAUCGAGGACUUGGAGAAAAUGGCGAGUGAGCUCCGUACUCUUCGUGACCAGCUGGAUGACAGAGUCAGUCACCUCACUUAUGGUUUGAGCGAUGGUCGCCUGGCUUAUCGCGUGCAGGAUGCAGAGGAACAUGCCAAGCAACUUAACGACUCUGCAGCCAUUUUAGAUGGUAUUUUGGCUGAAGCUAAAAACCUUUCCUUCAAUGCGACAGCCGCCUUCAAUGCCUACAGUAACAUUAAAGCGAAUGUUGAUGCAGCAGAGAAGGAAGCAAAGGCAGCCAAACAGAGGGCGAGCGAGGCGCUAGCACUGGCUUUAGGUCCAGAGAUCCCAGUAAAGGAAGCAGCUCAAGAUGCCCUGCAGAAGAGUCAUGUACUGUUGGAUCAAGCUAAACAACUUCAAAAUGAGGUCCAAGAGAAUGCAGCUGGUGUGGCCGGGCUGAAGGGCAGAGUUAAAGCAGCGAAAGACAAAACCAAAGGCCUGCUGAAAGCUGUCAAUGGAACCAUGGCAACGCUCAACGCCAUCCCCAACGACACAGCAGCUAGGCUAGCAGCCACAAAGGCUGUAGCAGCGGAUGCUAAUGCCACAGCCAUUGACGUCCUGGAGCGUCUUGGAGAUUUGAACCUGCGACUUGGUGGACUAGAGCGCAACUACACUGACCUGAAGGAGACCGUCAGCGAAGCCAAUCAGAUGAUCCAGGACCAUGAGAAAAACACAAUCAUUCAUGCUGCAGGAGCAAAAGUGAAGGAUUUGGAGGACGAAGCUGACAGGCUGUUGGAGAAGCUGCAGCCAAUCAAAAAGCUACAGGACAAUUUGAGGCGUAACAUCUCCCAAAUAAAGGAACUGAUUAACCAGGCCAGGAAACAAGCUAAUUCAAUCAAAGUGUCAGUGUCUUCGGGAGGUGACUGUCUCCGUAGUUACCGCCCUGAUAUCCGAAAAGGGAGAUAUAAUACCAUCGUUCUUCAUGUCAAAACCACCACACCUGAUAACCUGCUAUUCUACCUGGGAUCAGCCAAAUAUGUUGAUUUCUUGGCAUUGGAGAUGCGCAAGGGGAAGGUGAAUUUCCUUUGGGAUGUGGGUUCAGGUGUGGGGAGGGUCGAAUAUCCCCAUCACACCAUCCAUGAUGGAAACUGGCACAGGAUCGAGGCGUCUCGCAAUGGGUUGAAUGGUACCAUAUCAGUAUAUCCUCUGGAAGGCUCUAUGGCUGGUAUGAUGCCGACCCCAGCCAGUGCCAACUCGCCCACGGCCUUCACCAUCUUGGAUGUAGACCAGAACGCCUACCUGUUUGUGGGAGGGAUAUUCGGCUCUGUCAAGAAGGCAGAGACAGUAAGAACAACAACUUUCACAGGCUGCAUGGGGGAGACCUUCCUAGAUGGUAAACCUAUCGGACUGUGGAACUACAGAGAGAGAGAGGGAGACUGUAAGGGAUGUGUCGUCAGCCCCCAGCGUUCCCAUGGUGAAGGGACCGUUCAACUGGAUGGAGAAGGCUACGCUGCAGUGGGACGACCCACCAGGUGGAACCCAAAUGUCUCCACCAUCACUUUCAAGUUCCGCACGUUCUCCUCUGAUGCUCUGCUCAUGUACAUGGCUGCUGAAGACAUGAAGGACUUCGUGUCUCUGGAGCUGUCAGAGGGUAAAGUGAAGGUUAACUUUGACCUUGGAUCUGGAGUCGGCAGUGCCAACUCAUCUAAGCGCCAUAAUGAUGGCCACUGGAAAUCCCUCACCAUGUCGAGGAACAAGAAACACUCCACGGUGUCCAUAGUAGACAUCGACAGCAGUGACGAGGAAAAGAUUGUGGCCACAUCUCUGGGGUCAGCUACUGGUCUGAAUCUUAAAGAGCACCAGAAAAUCUAUUUUGGAGGUCUGCCAACGAUUGGAAAUUACAGCAUCGCAGCCAGGUCAGAGGUCAUUCUGAAGAGGUAUGCAGGCUGUCUCCGGGACAUUGAAAUCUCCAGAACGCCAUAUAACCUUCUGAGCAGCUCAGAUUAUACUGGUGUCACUAAAGGAUGUAAUGUAGAGAACCUGCACACAGUCAGUUUCUCUAAGCCAGGAUACAUGGAGCUGAGUGGUCUAUCGCUGGCCGUUGACACAGAGAUCAGCCUGUCAUUCAGCACUCUAGAAGACACUGGGACCAUACUGCUGGCAGUAGGCGGAGGGUCACCAAACAGACAGAAGGCCCGCUCCACAAGCCUUUCAAAGUCCAAGAGGAAGAGAAGACAGUCAGGAGAGCCCUACCUCUCAGUCAUGCUGACCAGAGGUUCGCUGGAAGUCGUAGUGUCUACCGGCAGCCACAAUCGGCGACAAGCCACCAGACGACCUGAACAAGGCACGCUGAAUGAUGGCAGAGAGCACACACUCCGCAUAGAGAGGCUAGCUGGCAGAUCUUUUGCCGUCCAGGUGGACGAUGAAGCCAGGAUGCAGGGCGUGCUUCCCAAUGACCAGCCAUUGAACUUGCAGCGUAUCUUCCUUGGUGGUAUUCCCGCAGAAGUAGAGCAGACCUCCAACAGAGCCAACAUCCCCUUCAAAGGAUGCAUAUGGAACCUCAUGAUCAAUGCUGUUUUGUCAGAUUUCUCUCAGCCUGUUUCCUUUGAGAAUGCUGAAAUUGGUCAGUGCCCCAACCUCGCCCCACCGCCACCUCCACCUCCUCUACCAGAAGAGAAGGAGCUCGAGAAAGAAAAAGAGGAUUCGAAGCCCUCAACCCCCAUCUCACCACAUCCAAGUCCUCCUGCUGAGGCCACGCCCUCUUCCCCACCUGCUGCUGCAACCCGUGCACCUGCUACUGUAGCACCGUCCAGUGAUAAACAGAAACCCAGCUCAGAUGUGGAAUCAUGUGCAUCAGCUGUGGCCCCAACAGCACUUGAGAAGGCCUAUCAGUUCGGAUUGACCAGAAACAGCCACAUGAGCUUCGCCUUUGAUGACAACAAUGUCAGAGACAAACUGAAAAUUGAGUUUGAGCUGAGGACAAAGGAGUCAUCCGGUCUUAUUUUCUACAUGGCAAGAAUCAACCAUGCUGACUUUGUUUCCAUACAGAUCAAGAAUGGUCAGGUUUGUCUGGGUUAUGAUCUUGGCCAUGGAAACAUAUCUGACUGUGUCCCAUACUCCAUCAAUGAUGGGAGCUGGCAUAAGAUCAGUGUAACGCGUGACAGGCAGAGAGCCACGCUUGUUGUGAAUAGGCGGUUCCAAAAAAUGAUGUCAAGUCCAAAGAAGGCUGACCUGUUAGAUGUGGUGGGGAUUCUGUACAUUGGCGGAUUACCACAAAACUAUACCACAAAACGAAUAGGACCGAUUCUCUAUAGCAUCAAUGGAUGUAUUCGUGACCUUAGGGUGGCUGGAAGCCCUGUAGGAGGUGUUCCAGGUUCUUCUGAGUCCAUGAUUGACUUUAAACUAGACAUGGCCACGCCCACAUCCAGUCAUAUGGUUGGAAGGUGCUUCGUUGCUACUGAGACAGGCACUUAUUUUGAGGGCACUGGCUUUCUAAAAGCAGUCUCAUCCUAUAGAGUGGGUCUGGAUGUGUCUAUAGCAUUAGAGUUCCGAACCAGCAGAACCAGUGGAGUGCUUUUGGCAGUCAGUAAUCAAGGCAAUGAUGGACUGGGGCUAGAAAUUGUCGAUGGCAAGCUGCUCUUCCAUGUUGACAAUGGCGCUGGGCGCUUUACGGCGGUGCACAUUCCUCAGGGAGAAGGCUUCUGUGAUGGACAGUGGCACUCCGUCACCGCCACCAAGAAACGAAACAAGCUGGAGUUGGUGGUUGAUGGGAAGCAGAGCGAAGCAGCCAGUCCGUAUGCACAGUCUGUCACCUGUGACACCAGCGACCCCAUAUAUGUUGGAGGAUAUCCUGCUGGAGUUCACCAGGCAGCUCUUUCUACCAGCACCUCUUUUAAUGGUUGUAUAAGAAACCUGAAGAUCACCAAGUCUUCUAAGACCAUGGAGGUGCACUUCAACAAGGCUCUGGAGAUUAGAGGAGUCCAGCCUCUUUCCUGUCCCGCUGUCGCUGCCUAAUUCUCCUUACUGCUUUUCAAUAAGGUCUCAGCUUUCCCAAGGCACCUAAUGCCAAUUUAUGUGCUGACCCAUUUCCUCAGAGUGAAUUUGUGUGUUAGCUGUGCAGUCAUUACUCUUUUAAGCCCUGGAACUCAUGACACGUUUCUCUGUUCCCAAAUUAGUGUACCUUUACAGCCAUUCAUUAAUUCAUUUACUCACAAUUCAUUUGUUUGGUGUAAGUACCUAAAAAAUAAGUGCCCAGCUCAGCUACACUUUUUGCAUUGUAACAUCAAAAAUGUCUUUCUGAGCGUUUUUCUUCACUCAAUUUAAAAUAUAAACAAUAACAAGUCUAACCAAACAAGUAUUCUGAUGCUACCAACAUGCGAUAUUGCAGUCCAUCCAUCUUCUUCUGCUUAUCUGGGGCCGGGUCGCGGGGGCAGCAGCCUAAGGAAACCUCCCUCUCCCCAGCCAUCUCCUCCAGCUUGUCUAGGGGAACACCAAGGCGUUGCCAGACCAGCCGAGAGUUAUAAUCUCCCCAGCAUGUCCUGGGUCUGCCCUAGGGCCUCCUCCCGGUGGGACGUGCCCAAAACACCUCACCCAGGAGGCAUCCUUGCCAGAUGCCUGAACUGCCUCAACUGCCUCCUUUGGAGGAGCAUCGGUUCUAUUCUGAGCCCCUGCUGGAUGGCUGAACUUCUCACCCUAUCUCUAAGGGAGAGGCCAGCCACCCUUCGGAGGAAGUUCAUUUCUGACGCUUCUUUCUUUCGGUCACUACCCACAGCUCAUGACCAUAGGUGAGGGUAGGGACGUGGAUCGAACGGUAAAUCGAAAGCUUUGCUUUUACACUCCACCCAUCCCAGUUCUUCAAAUAUAAUCUUAAACAUCUACUAAGAAGUUGUCAGUUUAUUAUCAGACCAGCGCACAAUGUGAAGCUCUGAUCAAUAAAUUUGUAAUGGAUAUA